AUGAAACUCCUCAUCCUCUGCGCUCUUGUCGCUGUCGCCUCAGCCCACUACUACCCGGAGUCUCAUUACGGCAGCGUUGGUCGCGGUCACUUCCACGGCCAUGCCGCCGUGAAGGGCGACAUCUACUUCGAUGGGUGCUACGAGGAGACCUGCCACAAGGGUGACUACUUCGGCUAUGGCUGCAGGGCCGGUCGCUGCGCCUACAUCUGCCACCCCAAGGGCUGCUACGAAUCCCAUGCCUUCUCAGAGACCAGUGCUGAGAGCUGGGGUGAACAGGAGGGCUAUGGCAAACGCUUUGAGGAGGGUGGUUCCAAGGGUCAGAGCCAGUACAAGGGUCACGUGCAAUUCAGUGGUCGUGUAGACUUUGCGGGCUGCAGCUCGGAGCACUGCCACAGUGGUGAGUACGAGGGCUACGACUGCAAGGACGGUCACUGUGCCACGGUGUGCAAGGGCAGUGAAUGCCACGAGGAGAAGGAGUACGGCGGCUAUGGCUACGGCCACGGCUAUGGCUAUGGUUACUAG